AUGGCAGGCUCUCCACAACCCAAGCGAAAAGCGGCAGGGCUGUUGCGCCGCUUGACAAGCCCAUUCCGACCUUCCGUCGUCUAUCCCUCCAAAUAUCUUGACCUCACGGGCAAAACAGCUCUCGUCACAGGCACAACCAGCGGUAUUGGACUCGAAGCAUGUCGACAGCUCCUCUCCCACGGCGUGUCUCAGCUCGUCAUGAGUGCACGAACCAAAAUAAGAGGAGAAGCAGUGGCCAACGAACUUCGGAUCCAAUAUCCCCAUGCUGAUAUCCAGGUCUGGAUUUUGGAGAUGGAGGCAUAUGACUCUGUCGUUGCUUUCGUUGAACGUGCGAUAAUCGAUUUGGAUCGUCUCGAUAUGGUUAUCCUCAACGCUGGAACCUUUGAACCAGACGCUUCGGUAUCGCCCUAUACAGGACACGAAAAGAUGUUUCAGGUCAAUUGUCUCUCUACGGCCCUCUUAGUCAGACUUUUCAUCCCGGUGCUCAAGGUAGUUCCUCCAGCAGGGGAAACAUCACGCUUAACGGUCGUCACUGCUGGGCAUUACAACCCCCAAUGGUACAAUUCCGAGUGGACAACGUAUGAAGAUAUGUGUCGCAUCGAUUUGCUGGAUGAGUCAAAUUUCUUCCGCCUCCGUGCCCUGUGGAAAUAUUUCCUCAAAUCCAAGAUGUUGCUGCAGCCGUACCUGUCCGAGCUGGCCGCUGUCGUCAACCCCGACGAAGUAAUCGUCAAUCUCGUAACCCCUUGCCUCGUCAGAGACACUCAACUCGCCGACAAGGCGAUACACAUGGGAUGGUUUCAUAGAUGGAUCAAGAGCACGUAUGCACUCGUUGGUACAACUCUGGAGAAAGGUGCAGCAACCUACAUUGAUGCGGUAGCUGUAAAGGGCAAAGAAUCUCAUGGCAGAACUAUCAUCGACUGUCGCGUAUUGGAUCGCUGUAAGCCCCUGGAACAUCAAGCGUUCAAACUUUGGCUCAAGACUGAGCUCGAGUUCCAUUCUCUCUUUGUAGGUGAGAAGACACUAGGAGCGAAAAUCCACAAUGCUGUUACGGAUGAAAUACUGCAUAAUUACCUGAGUAACCGAUUUUAUACGUGA